AUGGCUGCACCGUCGGUACUCACCGAUCGCGAUGCUCUGACGUCUCGCGUCAUCCCGUCCAUGGUCUUUAGCGACGGCAGCCCCUCUUCCCGCACACCGGCUCCAUCGUCCGAAAUCGAGGCCGACCCGGCCGUCGGGGCAGCAAAGCGUUUUACGGUCCAUGGGAACGCCAUUGUGACCGGCGGCACGGGCACACUGGGCCUGCAGGCCUGCAACGCACUCCUUGAGCACGGCCUGCGGGGUCUCAUGAUAUUCGACGUCAACGUGUCCGAGUCCGACGACAAUGUCGCGCGCAUGCGGGCCCGGUUUCCCCAGGCCACGAUUGGCGUGCAAAAGGUCGACGUCACCGACGAUGCAGCGGUGGGCCGCGCCGUCGACGAAACGGCCCGCGCCCUCGGCUCGGUCGACGUCCUCGUCUGCUUUGCCGGCGUCGUGGGCAGCGCGGAGUCGCUCGACGUGCCGGUCGCCCAGUUCCGCAAGAUCCUGGACAUCAACACCACGGGGAGCUUCAUCUGCGCCCAGGCCGCCGCGCGGCACAUGGUCCGGCAGGGCACCGGCGGCUCCAUCACCUUUGUGGCGUCCAUCUCUGCGCACCGGGUCAAUUACCCGCAGCCGCAGGUGGCCUACAAUGUCAGCAAGUCGGCGCUGCUGAUGCUCAAGAGCAGCUUGGCGGCCGAGUGGGCGCGGUACGGCAUCCGCACAAACACGGUGAGCCCGGGCUACAUGGACACGAUUUUGAACGAAGGCGACGGACUCGCGUCGUUUAGGGCGAUUUGGGCCAGUCGCAACCCGAGUGGCCGCAUGGGCAGUCCGUCGGAGCUGACCGGUGCCGUUGUGCUCCUCGCGAGCAGCGCGGGCACAUACAUUAAUGGCUCGGAUAUUUUAGUGGAUGGAGGUGGCCUUUGCGUGUAA